CGUGUACUUUGGAGGGGACGUAACUCUAUGCUGAUUUCUCUCACAAUACUCCUCUUUGCCAACAGCAGAUAUCUCCGCUAUGUCUGACAACGCACUUCCCGCCACCGUUGCCGACGUCCCCACCCCGUGUCUGCUGGUGGACAUCGACAAGGUGAAGAGGAACUGUCAGAGAAUGAUUGACACAGCCAGGAACAUGGGCGUGCAGCUGAGACCGCAUAUCAAGACCCACAAGUCCAUAGAGGGCGCGGACAUCGCCACGGCCGGCACCCGGAGGAAGAUCGUUGUCUCCACCCUGAAUGAAGCGGAAUUCUUCGCUGCAAAUGGCUACGAUGACAUUCUGUAUGGCUUCCCGAUAUCAAAGGAAAACGUCCCGAGGUGUCAGAAGCUGACCAAUCAGCUGUCCGAGUUCCACAUCAUGUAUGACAGCGUGGAGGCCCUCCAGUGGGUCAAAGACGCCCCGCUCAACACGGACAAGAAGUGGUCAGUGAUUCUGAAGAUUGACACGGGAUAUGGGCGAGCUGGCGUGGUGUGGGACAGCGAUGACGUCAUCACCGUCGCUAAAGCUGCAGUUGAUGCCGACAACGUCAAGUUCCUCGGCAUCUACACCCACUGUGGGAGUUCUUACGACUGCACGGGGGUGGAAGAACUGAAAAAGUUUGGCGCCACCAACACAGACAGACUGAUCACAGUGAGAGACAAGCUGAAGGCGGCGGGUAUCGCCUGUGAGACGGUGGGGACAGGCUCCACCCCUUCCUGUAGUAAACCUGCAGACAACAUGGCCACCCUGACAGAGAUUCAUCCGGGCAACUACGUGUUUUAUGACUACGAGAACGUACGAAUAGGGGCGUGUACCCUUGAUGACGUGGCGGUACGUGUGGCCACCCGUGUGGUCAGCCACAAGCCCUCCAAGAAGCAGCUAGUGACCAACAGUGGCUUCACAUCACUGUCUCAGGAUGGUUUGAAACAGGUCGGCGAUGAGUUCUGUGUGGUGCAGGACCACCCCAAUCUCAGACUUGUCGAGAUGAGCCAGGAGCACGGAAAGAUCCGACCAGCUACGGGGGAUAUCGACUUUAAAGACUACCCACUGGGAAGCUUGCUGUUUCUGUAUCCAUAUCAUUCGUGCUCCACAGCCUACAACCACCCCCUGUAUUAUGUGCACUCCGGAGAGAAGAUCGUCGGGGUGUGGCGUCCUACCCGGGGUUGGUAACCAGUGGGAAAGGGGAGAAUAUCACGGGCUGUAGCGUCCCAUCCGGGAUUUGAAUACAGACUUGGGAUUUAAGGAACUGUCAUAUAUCCAGCGCUUGUUACAGCUGCACUAAUAUGUGGAAGAGUCGAUGGCUGAGUGGGUUAGAUGGCUGACUUUGUGUGCUGGCCUUUAAGUGCCUUACUCUGAGUGUGUGGGUUCGAAUCCCGAAUUGAAUUGGACGCAUCCUGCCUCUACCUUUGAAUAUUGUGCAGAGCGUUUGCCAACAAAUAUUUAGAUUAACCACAAGAAAGUUUCCAUCUAGCCAAUUACGAUUUUUGUUUGUGGACUGUUAAAGAUACCUCACCACUCCCAGCUCGACUGAUGGUACUAGAGCACAUCACGUGAUACAAGGGAAACAAUGUCAGAGAACAAGGGGACAGUGACCGGCUCGCAUUCCGUAAUCGAUUUGGGGUUCUGUAUUUCAAGAUGCAACUUUUAAAAUAAACAUACUUGUUUUUUCCUUGGGGCAUUAAAACAGUAAUAAAAUUGUUAUUUUAGAUUUAAAA